AUGCAUGCCGACGAUUACUGCGCCUGUGGGAGGAAGGAGGAGGAGGAGAAGCAGGAGGAGGGGGAGGAGCAGGAGCAGGAGGAGGAUGGUAGCUCUAAUUAA